UCGUUUACUGAUCGCUUAGCAUAUUUGUUUAAUUUUUGGAUAAGAAGAUUUUACAAAGAUUAAUAUUAAAUUGAAUAUCAUUAGUUAAAAGCUAGUCAAUUUGGAGAUUGAAGAAAUAUUCUAGAAAUGUCAGUGAAAGAAGAACAACCUAUGCCCGAUGUGGCAAGAUAUGACUACUAUCGAAUGUACUAUGUGAAUAUAGAUACCGCCAAACAUGUUGAAAUCUUGCAAAAGCUCGAAGAAAUAAGUGAUAGUUGUUCAUUUAUCGGUCAUGCAAGGGAACCGGGACAAAAGCUAACCAUCAUGGUUGCCGCUCACAAAGUUCCCGAAUUUGUUGACCUCCUAAAGACUUACGAUGUGAAACAUCGAGUUUUGACUUAUAACUUCCAAGAGAAAAUUGAUAAGAAUUUGAAAUCGGUUCUACCCAAAGGAACUGACUUGAAGAACUUCGAUUGGUUACACUAUUUUCAUUUGGAAACAAUUUACGAAUGGAUGGAAAAAAUGGUUGGUCAACAUGAAGAAGCUUCUUUGCUCGAUAUGGGUUUGAGUACACAAGGUUUACCCAUUAAAGGAAUUAAGAUAUCUCGUAAUGCCAAUAACAAGACAAUCUUUAUCGAGAGUGGAAUCCAUGCUAGGGAAUGGAUUGCUCCUGCCACAGCAACUUUUAUCAUCAAUCAGUUGCUAACAUCAAAAGAUACACGAGUUAAGAAUCUUGUAGAUAACUAUAAUUGGAUGAUUUUCCCAUCAGUCAAUCCAGAUGGUUAUAGGUACUCUUUUGAAAGUGAUCGAAUGUGGAGAAAGAAUCGCCAAUUAUUUGGAAUCUCUCGUGGUGUAGAUUUGAAUCGAAACUAUCCAUAUCAUUGGAAUGAAAUCGGAUCAAGUUCGGAUCCAAGUCGAUAUGAUUUUUGUGGAACAUCACCGGCUAGUGAAAUAGAAACACAAAGACUGAUUAAAUUCAUAACCGACAAUGCAAAGACAGAAAAUGUUCGCACUUACAUAUCGCUUCAUUCGUACUCUCAAUUGUUGAUGUUCCCAUAUGGAUUCACUCCAGAUCAUGUAGACAAUUAUGAUGAUUUGAAGGCGAUUGGAGAGAAAGCCACAAAAGCGAUUAAAGAAACGCAUGGAAGAAUUUAUAAGAGUGGAAGUAUGUAUGAAACGAUUUAUCCAUCGAGUGGUGGAAGUAAAGACUGGGCUCAUUCCGAAUUGGGUAUUCCCAUUACAUUUACUUUUGAACUUCGGGGACCACCAGAUACUCAAGAUUUAUUCAUUCUGCCAUCGGAAGAAAUUCUACCAACUGCAGAGGAAGCGUUUGCUGCUAUUCAAACUAUUGUUGAAGAAUCUGAGGCAAGGGGUUACUACAAGUAGAUUAGAUUCAGAGCAUUUAAUUGGCAUUUAUCUGUAGUUUUUAUACUUUAUUUGUUAAAAUCACCAGAAAUAUAAAUAAAACAAAAUAAAGUUUAUCUUUAAUUAUGAAAAUAUA